GCUGCCCAGGCACUGCCUGAGCGGGUGCGCCGGCGGCUUCCGGUGUGGCUGACGAGUGGUGGCCGAAGCAGGGGGACAGCAAGGGACGCUUAGGCGAGGACCAUGGCGGACGGCGGCUCGGAGCGGGCUGAUGGGCGCAUCGUGAAGAUGGAGGUGGACUACAGCGCCACAGUGGAUCAGCGGCUGCCCGAGUGCGAGAAGCUGGCCAAGGAAGGAAGACUUCAAGAAGUCAUUGAAACCCUUCUGUCUUUGGAAAAACAGACCCGAACUGCUUCUGAUAUGGUGUCUACGUCCCGUAUCUUAGUUGCAGUAGUGAAGAUGUGCUAUGAGGCUAAAGAAUGGGAUUUACUUAAUGAAAAUAUUAUGCUUUUAUCAAAAAGACGGAGUCAGUUAAAACAAGCUGUUGCAAAAAUGGUUCAACAGUGCUGUACAUACGUUGAGGAAAUCACAGACCUUCCAGUCAAACUUCGAUUAAUUGAUACUCUGCGAAUGGUAACAGAAGGAAAAAUUUAUGUUGAAAUUGAGCGUGCUCGGCUGACGAAAACAUUAGCAACUAUAAAAGAACAGAACGGCGACGUCAAAGAGGCAGCCUCCAUUUUACAGGAGUUACAGGUGGAAACCUAUGGGUCAAUGGAAAAGAAAGAGCGAGUGGAGUUUAUUUUGGAGCAGAUGCGGCUGUGCCUAGCUGUGAAGGAUUAUAUUCGCACACAAAUCAUCAGCAAGAAAAUUAACACCAAGUUUUUUCAGGAGGAAAAUACAGAGAAAUUAAAGUUGAAAUACUAUAACUUAAUGAUUCAGCUGGAUCAACAUGAAGGAUCUUAUUUGUCAAUUUGUAAGCACUACAGAGCAAUCUAUGACACUCCGUGUAUACAGGCAGAAAGUGAAAAGUGGCAACAGGCCCUGAAAAGUGUUGUCCUUUAUGUUAUCUUGGCUCCUUUUGACAAUGAACAGUCAGAUUUGGUUCACCGAAUAAGUGGUGACAAGAAAUUAGAAGAAAUCCCUAAAUACAAGGAUCUUUUAAAGCUUUUUACCACAAUGGAGUUGAUGCGAUGGUCCACACUUGUUGAAGAUUAUGGAAUGGAAUUAAGAAAAGGUUCUCUGGAGUCUCCCGCAACUGACGUUUUUGGUUAUACGGAAGAAGGCGAAAAAAGGUGGAAAGACUUGAAGAACAGAGUUGUUGAACAUAAUAUUAGAAUAAUGGCCAAGUAUUACACGAGGAUAACAAUGAAGAGGAUGGCACAGCUUCUGGAUCUGUCUGUUGAUGAGUCAGAGGCUUUUCUCUCGAAUCUAGUAGUUAACAAGACCAUCUUUGCUAAAGUAGACAGAUUGGCAGGAAUUAUCAACUUCCAGAGACCCAAGGAUCCAAAUAAUUUAUUAAAUGACUGGUCUCAGAAACUGAACUCAUUGAUGUCUUUAGUUAACAAAACCACACACCUCAUAGCCAAAGAGGAGAUGAUACAUAAUCUACAAUAGGGGUCUUCAUGCCCUUACUGCUUUUAGAAAAGAGUUAAAAUUGGAAGUCAUUUAAAAAAAAACAAAAAGACUUUUAUGGUGUAUAUGUUGUUGUUUUUUUUUUCUUUGCUCAGCUCUUUUGUCUAAAAUUUAAAAGAUAGUGAAUACGUUUGAGGCCCCUUUCAACCUUUCAAUUCCUCAGUUUCAUUGUUAACUUUGCAUUUGCAAUUGGUGCAUUUCUAUUGUCUGAGUACUCAAAAAAUUGUCAUAACUUGCCUACAUAUGUUUUUCUGUCAUUUGAAACCUUUUUAGCUAUUACUUGUUUUCAUUCAGCUAACAACCAUAAUUAUAAUAAAAGCAGCAUAUGCACAUUUACUUUCUAUGGUUACCUGUGUUUCUAAACAUUUUGUGAGAUAGUGAUUUAAGUGUUUUUAAAAUAAAAUAAAUUUUGUUGUAAAGCUAUCAGUUAUUUAGUAGAGUUUAAAAGGCACAUAGAACAUAUAAGAACAUUUGGUAUAAAGUUGUGAUUUGUGAAGAAUUUGUAUUUUAGCAUUGUGGCAGGAGGUCUCUAAUUGAGCGUACACAGAGCUAUCCACUAGGCUGUAGACUGUAUUUUUUUUUUGAGUCAAACUAGUUGUAAUCACAGUAGCUUAUUUUUACCCCCUCUCCCUGACUUGACCAAUAAUUGAACUAAAUCAAGUGACAUUAUGUUGACACAGUUUAACACACAAAGUCGUGUUUUGUUUUGUUUUUUGGCCAUGCCUGAGGCAUGCAGAAGUGACCAGGCCAAGGACUGAACCCGAGCCACAGCAGUGACAAUGCCAGAUUCUUAACCUCUAGGCCACCAGGGAACUUCAGAGUUGUUUUUAUAGGACUCCUUUGUGGCUUUAACGUACAUGUCUGAUUACAACUUUAAUACUCCAAAUUGGAUUCUCUCUUCAUAGGAACUUUAGUUCCAGGUAUAUGCCUGCUGAAUAACAACCUAAAAUGCAUUAAAAAUGACCCCAAAAAGAGACUUUGGGCCACCCUCUUGGCAAAUGGUAUAGUGCUGACAUUUUUUUUAACAUAGUAAAAGUAGUUUUACUAUCAAAAGAAAUAUGAGCUUACUUAACUUUGAACAAGUUUUAGAAGUUUAAAUUUGAUUUCAGAGAAAAUGGAAAAAUGAAACAAUGUUAGGUUAUUUAAAAUAUGUUUAAAUGAGGAAAGUGUAAGGUCUACUUUUUGAAAAAUGCAAAUGAAGAGAGGAAAAAGGCAUUCUAGAAACUGCAUUCUCAUAAUUCCUUUUCCUUUUGAUUGUCACUAAAUUGGCCUAAUUCAUGAUCCCAGGGCGGGGGACAAUUGUGGAACCUCUCUUAUUUUUGCUGAGUCAUCAUGAAUAAUAAUAGAGUAUUAAUUUAAUUUUAUUCUUUGGAAAUUUAAUUGGUCACAUUAAUAACAACAUCUGCUAUCACUUAUCUUUAAAAACUAACCAAAAACAUGGCAAGCUCCGAAACAUCAGAAGUUCACACUAGCUGUAAGAAUAUGGUUUUAAUUUUCUUUUGAAUGAAGAGGAUAGAAAAUAAAAUCACUUUGCAUUGUUAAUUUGUAAAUUGAGUUGGAACUAAUUUGAAUCUAGUGUCUCAUUAACUUCAUCUUUCUAGGGACUCAUUCCCUGUUUACUUGCCAAACCUAGACUGUUUGGCCAAAUAUGUUGCUGUGAAGAUCUUAAAGGCUCCUCUUCUUUGUUUUUUAUUUAACAUGCUCGCUCUCAAACUAAGCUUUUUGUGUUUUGAUUUGGUUUCAUUUGUAACUGUGUCCCAGUGACCAAAUUCCACUUGACUUAGCUACUCAUCCUUUUUUUUUCUGUCCAAGCAAACCUAAGUGUUACACCGGUUUUUUAGUGUUACAAAGAAGAGUCCAUUAGCCAAAGGCAGUGAAAUUAUUGAGAUGCGCAGAACCUAAAAUCCCGUCUCCCAUUUCAGACCUGAAGCUGGCUGGCACACAUGAAAAGGCUAGAAUCACUUCAUUUUAAUAUAGAGAAGAGAAUACUUCACUUAUUUUCAUUAGGUUACUAACUGGCAGGAGAGGUGAUGAGCCACUGCUUUUGUUUUUUCAAUGAAACACUUUUACCCUUUUAUUUCAAUGUAACUUAUGUUCUUAUUUUUAGAGUUCAAUCAUUAUUUCUGUAAUUAUCUCCAAUUUCCAUAUGUUUAUUACUGAAUCACUGAAAAACUCAUCUUUAAAGUUCAUACCGUUCCAUUCUAUCUCAUAAGUGUUAAAUGUAUGAUAAAAGUACAUAUUUUAAGUUGUUUUCAGUGCCUGGAUAUAGCUGCAAUAAAAGCACUAAUUUGUGGGUAUUUAAGAAAAGCUGGAGAAUAAACUCAUACUUUAAAAGA